AUGCCUCCCACCGACUUUAACACGCUCCCUUCUGAGAUCCGGCAGGCCAUCUGGCAGUUCACCAUACAAGAUGACGAGCCCGAGGUCUGCCUCUGCUGGCCCACGAUGCCAAGUGGAUUUUUAGACUCCCUCGCCGACUCUGUUCCGCAGCUGCCGCUGACAGUCGACACGGCGUUCCCCGUCGCCAUGCACAUCUGCCGGGAGUCUCGCGCCGUGAUGCAGAGCCCACGGAGCGGGAUUCGCUUCCGGGCCUCCGAGGUGGCCGGGUGUCGCGUGCCGUUUCGACUCUACCGUGCCGACCUGGACGCGCUCUACCUGAGUGCGCAGUGGAUGCAUCUGUUUCUCCUUGACAUGCACCUAGCACACAUUUGGACGGCUGGUCGUACAGAUCCUGACGUUGAAGCGCUCAAGACCUGGUACGCCGUUCUUCUGAGCGCCGGAUGGAUUGCCAUUGACGGCCGGCAUGGCGUGUACUAUACGGACGAUAUCCUUCGUUUACGCCGGGCAUCACGAAGGCCACCGAAAGACGGUGACAUGUACCCAGACGUCACUCGCCGCAAAAAGAGGCUGUCGUAUGUGGUCCCCAGCUCAAGAUAUAACGAGGACGAUUUGGACCAUGAGUUAAAAUUCAAAGAACCAGGGCGGCGAUGUAAAUUGGUUACGCUGUCACAGGAAGCUCAGAACGCGGUCCGUGUUUACACGCAACAGUCUGAGAGUUGCAAUUUGCCUUCGCCACUCUCUCACGCAAUUAAGCUCUUGGCCAACGGCAUUCUUGGCUGGGAUCAAGACUUCGAAAGCCCGAUAUUUACGGGUGACUCUAAGAUUCUCCCGCAGACGUUUGUCGAGUAUCAACCGGACGGCACGUGGAGUGAGGUCUGUCAGGACCGACUAUUCAAAGAACGGCCAGACACACCAGUAUCUGUGCAGGAUCGGCCGGACCCGGAGACGGUCCGCGUGAUGGAUGCAGAGAUUGAUUUUCCACAGCGGCGUAUGCUAGACUUGAGAUUGCCAAGACGCUCGUAA